CUUUCUUCGUAACUAAAACCGUUCUCUUCACUUUUUUCACAAACAAAAAUACAAAAUCAAUAUAUUUUUAUAAAAAGAAAAAAAAUAUGGAUCAAACGGGAGGGUGCUGUAUAGCGCGGUACGCCGGGGGUGCGUACGAUAUCAAUAAGGUGGAUAGGAUAAUGCGGAGGUUUCGUCCGAUCGCUCCGAAACCGGCUUCCACCAACGGAUCUGUUUCCGGCUCUGCCUCGCCGGAGAGCAGCGGAGCGGCUUCUGUGAAGACCGGCCGCCGGAAGAGGAGGAAUCCGGCUGUGAGCUGUGGUCGGAAGAAGAGGAGGUGUUCGCCGGAGAAGAAGGAGAUCAAGACGCUGCCGCUGCUGCCGGAGGCGCCGGUGGUAUCGAAGCCGAGGUAUCCGCAGUGGCUGAGCUUCGAGAACGGGGGGCGGGAGGUGGAGCGGAGGGUGGUGGCAGCGUCGUGGGUGAAGGUCGAAUGCGUGACGGACACGUGGAUGGCGGAUUUGUAUCCGUACGGGGACGGGGAGAGGGUGAGGCGGCUGGAGGCUGACGCGUGUCCGGGUUUCGUGACGGACGGGCUGAGGCGGGUGAGGUGGACGAACCCGGCCUACAGGCGGAUGGCGGCGGGGGAGGCGGAGGGGGAGGUGGCGGCGUGGGUGGUGGUGGAGGAGGGGGUGGUGCUGCCGGCGCGGUGCGCGGGGUUCACGUGCAAGGUGAGGGUGGUCACGUGCGGGAACGAGAAGGCGUCCAAAACGGUGCCGUGCGACGUGUGGAGAAUGGAGUGUGGAGGGUUUGCAUGGAGGCUCGAUACCGCGGCGGCGCUCUCGCUAUGGAUCGGUAAUUAGCUUCAUUAACCCGGAUUAGCAUCUUCUUAAUCUCUAAGAGUUCUCUUCUUUCUUGUAAAUUGUAAAUACUUCUUUUCUUUUUUGUUUCACUAGUUUUCAACCCUUUCUUUGUCUUCUCAAUUACUACUCCAUAUCACAUGAAAUCGUGGUUUUUUAUUA